UACACAUAUUUUUUAAAAAAAGAAAGGAAAGUUAAUUAAUUUGCUUUUUUCAACAUCUAAAAGAAGAAAAUUUUCCCCGUAAAUCUGGGAAUCCUGACCAAUUCAGCAUCGACCGAGCAAAUCUGACGGUGUCAAAUUGGCAUUUUGAAUUGAAGGAACGACUUUCUGGGAUCGUGUAAAUGGAAACAGACGUAGCCUCACUUGGAAACCAGGUCACGGCCUUGACCUUGGCGGAACCGGAACAAAAGAUCAUCGAAGGCCAACAUUUCCCGCUCAUUCUCACGCCUUCUAAUGGGAGCCUUGUCUCGCAUUUAGAAACCUGCAACUGGGUUCGUGGACAGAAAGAUGAAAUUAAGGCGUUGCUGUUGAAGUAUGGCGUCAUAUUGUUCAGAGACUUCCCACUGCGCCAAGCUCUUCACUUUGAUGAAUUCGUGAAGUGCUUAGAUUACCAGCCAUUUCCAUAUGUAGGUGGCGCUGCUCCUCGUAACGUUGUUGUUGGUGAUGUCUUCACCACUAACGAGUCUCCACCCGACACGCUCAUCCCAUACCAUCACGAAAUGGCGCAGGCGCCGAAAUUCCCAAGGACGCUUUUUUUCUACUGCGAAUCUCCAGCGAAACAGGGAGGUGAAACACCCAUUGUGCCGUCCAAUUACGUCUAUCGACAAAUCAAGGCGAAAGAACCCGAGUUUGUCCGAGAGCUGGAAGUUAAAGGCGUUAGGUACGUCCGAAUUUUGCCGGAAAAAGACGAUCAUUCGUCUCCGAUCGGCCGAGGCUGGAAGUCCACGUACUUAACCGACGAUCCAGAAGAAGCUGAGCGAAAGUGUGGCGAACUCGGCACUUCCUUCGAGUGGUUAGCCGAUGGUUCCAUGAAAACGGUGACGAAGGCUGUUCCCGCCGUCAAAGCCGAUCCUCGCACAGGGAAGAAAGCCUGGUUCAAUUCUGUCAUCGCCGCCUACAGAGGCUGGAAGGACAGCAGAAACGUACCGGAGAAAGCUGUGCUCAUGUCCGACGGCACUUUCAUGAAACCGGAAGUGAUGGACGUUGUGGAGAGAACGCUAGAUGACGCUGCGGUCGAUUUCCGGUGGCAGCCAGGCGACGUGCUGAUGGUGGACAAUUAUCAGGCACUGCACGGUCGGCGGGUGUUCACGCCUCCCCGAAGAAUUCUCGCGUGGCUUUGCGUGUAGCGAGACAUCUGUAUGUUUAUUAUAAGCAGUCCUUUAAAACAGUACUGGUAUCGAUGCUCGAAG